AUGGGGCGUGGGAAGGUGGUGGUGAAGAGGAUCGAGAACAAGGUGAACCGGCAGGUGACCUUCAGCAAGCGUCGCGGUGGGCUGCUGAAGAAGGCGCACGAGCUUGCCGUGCUCUGCGACGCGCACGUCGGCGUCAUCGUCUUCUCCGCCCGUGGCAAGCUCUUCGAAUACUGCAGCCCACUUACCAGCUGGAGUGAGCUAAUUCAACGUUACGACAGCAUGAGCAAUGCCCAGCACCAGGAGACAAAUCAUGAUGAUGAUCAGCAAAUGUCUGUGGAGAUCGCAAGGCUGAGGCGUGAGUGUGACCAACUCAAGGCCAACAUAAGGAGGCAGACCGGAGAAGACCUUGCAUCCGUCAAUAAAGAUGAGCUUGACAAUCUGCAGAAGCAGCUCGAGUCUGCACUAGGCAAAGUCCGUGACAGGAAAGAUGAGCUACUGAACCAGCAGCUGGACGAAUCACGGCGCAAGGUGCACAUCUUGGAGGACCAUAACCGUCGCCUGCGCCAAAUGAUCAACGAAGGCGGGCACCAUCGUUCUUCCGUGGAGGCACCGUUGGUGGCUGCAGUGGAUAUGGCGUCACCAGCGACAGCUUUCGGGGGCUUCUUCCCGGAGGUAGAGGAGUAG